AUGGUCACGCAUUCGUCAGUAAUAACGCAAAAACGUAACAGAAGUUUUAGGCGGGAAAAUUUGACUAACCGCGUCGGCUGCCAAAGGGAUGUAAACAGAAGCAAAUUAACGGCAAUAAACCGGGUGUCCUCUAUCAAAUGUGGAAGAAUGAAUACUUGCCAUCAAUCAUCGACUUUAACAUCGUCAGACGCUUGUUUAACGCCGACCGAAGGCUCAAACGCGUUGCCAAGAAAAACGGGUUGGAGUUCCUCAACCGUAGAAAUCGAUCGCAGUUCAAAAAGACCCAGCUCGAUGGAAAAUUCAGGACAGUAUUUUAAACGUCAAAAGACGCCUUCUUCGUGCCCGGCGACGAACAAUGAACACAUUUUUACAAGCGGAAGGCGGCCUUCAGCUACGGAAUCUGAAAGGGACGAAGAAGAGGGUAUGAACGCGAAUGAUGUUGUGAACCAGAGAGGAAAUGUUGUUGGCAUUGGAGAUGAUAGUCCGUCGGCUUUGGACGUAAAGCGCGUGUUGUCAGUGGUUUGGAGUAAAGGAAACUUGGGUUCCUCCUACUAUGAUACAGAGACUUCACAACUGUAUCUCCAAAUGGAUGUGGUAGAAACAAAUGAUUUUCAGUUUCUUAAAAGAGUAAAAGAACAGGUGCAGGCCAGUGUCAUCAUAACAAGUGCAAUACAGGAUGAAAGAUUGCUUAAGAUCUUAAAUGGGCAAGAAGGUGAAAACAAUGAUGAACAAAUUUGUCAGACAACAGAAGUUGAAAUCCUUCCAAGCAUAGAUUUUUCUUAUGAAGUUUGUAAGAGAAGGAUUACUGCUUUGAAUGCAUGCCUGCCAGGAAUCCCACAGCACUUUACAGAAAAUGAGCGAGAAAUACAUAUGAGCUCACUUGUCCCAUUUGACAACAUCAGCAUGGUGCGAAGUGCUGGUGCACUGAUUAAAUACAUAGACAAGAAACGAGUUGGAGUUGAAAUGGAUGAUCCUGAAGUGAGAGUCCCUAUUUUGGGACUCAAAGUAUUUUCUCUGAGUGAUCUUCUCAUUGUGGAUAACAAUACUUACAGUGCUUUGCAGAUUUUUCAAAAGGAAAGUCAUCCCUCUGUGUACAAGAUGGGAGCAGGGAACAGUGGUGCUAAGGAAGGACUCUCUCUCUUUGGCGUUACAAAUAGAACAAGAUCUGCUAUUGGGAGUCAUAUGUUGAGAAUGUGGUUUUUACGUCCCUCAAGAAACAUCGAUCUUCUACAACAAAGACAAAAGGCAGUAUCUUACUUUAUGAGCCUUAGAAAUGCAGAACUGGUGGCAUCUCUACAAGAUUGCUUAAAACACAUCAAGAACGUCUCUGGAAUACUAUCAAGGAUGACUACAGCUCAAGCAUCUGUUGGCGACUGGCAAGCACUCUAUAAGACGGCCUAUAAUGCAACUUACAUUGCUGACCUUUGUAGAAGGAUACCCACGGAUGUUGCGAUUGCCAAAAAGAUUGCUACAAGUUUUACAGAUGAAUUGCUUCAAAUUGGAAGCCUGAUGAGUAAAAUAAUUGACUUUGAUGAGUCGACAGAUCAAAACCGAUUUGUUGUUAAACCUGGAGUCGAUCCGGCUUUAGACGAAAAGAAAAGAACAUACAAUGGCCUACCCGACUUUAUGACAACUGUUGCGAGAGAAGAACUAAACAAGCUGAGCUCUUCAAUUACCGAAUGUAACGUCAUUUACCUACCUCAGCUUGGCUAUUUGUUGGCAAUCCCUCGGUCACCAGAGAUGAAAGAGGAGGAUGAUUUUGCCAUGGAUGGUUUAGAAUUUGUGUUCUUAAGCAACAACAGGCUUCACUACAAGAGUGCUCGCACUAGAGAACUAGAUAACCUUCUUGGAGAUACACAGUGUGAGAUAACAGACCAUGAGACCGCCAUCAUGCACCGCUUACAGACUGUUAUCCUAGAACACACCAAAGUGCUUAUGGAUGUUAUGGAAUGCUGUGCAGAGCUGGACUGUUUAAUUUCUUUGGCUCUAUGUGCCAGGGAGAACAAUUAUGUCUGCCCCAAGUUGACAAUGGAUUCUGUGUUGAACAUAGAACAGGGCAGGCAUCCCUUACAGGAACUUUGUGUCAAUCUGUUCGUUCCGAAUGACACUGUGAUUGAACAAGAUAAAGAACGGAUGAAGGUGUUGACGGGACCAAAUGCCAGCGGUAAAAGUGUGUACCUUAAGCAGGUCGGUUUGAUUGUAUUCCUGGCUCAUAUUGGAAGUUUUGUUCCGGCAGAGUCAGCCACUGUUGGCAUCACUGACAGAAUUUUUACACGAAUACACACAAGAGAAACCGUGUCAGUUGGCUUGUCUACGUUUAUGAUCGAUUUAAAUCAGGUGGCGACUGCAGUGAAUGCUGCCACAGAGAAUUCACUGGUCAUCGUUGAUGAAUUUGGAAAAGGAACUGCCACGAUCGACGGUUUGUCGCUGCUGACAGCCAUUCUUCGACACUGGCUGAGACAGGGAUCCAGUUGCCCAAAGCUGCUUGUCUCGACGCACUUUCAUAGCCUUGUGAAACAAAAGCUCCUACCGCAGACACCUCUGGUCACAUAUCAGACGAUGCAAGUGCUGGAAGAAGGCGAGGACGUUGCGUUUUUGUAUCACCUUAUUGAUGGUUGCGCCGAGAGCAGUCUUGCAUGCCAUAUCGCCUCCUUGGCUGGCUUGCCCGAUGAAUUACUCAAAAGAGCGCAGCAGGUGACAGAACUUACAAGAUGCAACAAACCGAUCCUUCGAAAGGACACUGCAGAUGACGAAGAACAAAGAAAGAGACACAAAGCCAUCGUCAAGAAAUUCUUGGCGUUGAAUUUGGAUAACGAAGACCCUCAAGCUUUUCUGAGAGAUCUUUUGGAAAAUUUCGAUGAUGAAUGAUUUUAUCUCAAUUUCUCGAAAUGCAAGCUCAUGGUGUG